CUGUAUAUUUUCUGCCGACACACAUGUGACAACUGUUAAAAGAUUACUCCCUCUUCUUCCCAUCCUUUUCCUUUCCUCAUCUUGAUUAUUAAUUAGUACAUAAAAUCUUCCUUUUCACAUUCCCGAUUUCCCCUCCAAAUUCCUCUCACAAAAACCAUCCUUUUCUUUGGACUUCCUUGACUCUUUUUCCUCACACCAGUCAUAUUUUUCUUUCUUCUUUUUCCACUUCCUUUGGGUUCCUGUCCCAGAUCUACAACCUUCUAAAAUCCCUUCAAGAAAGAAUUGGAUCUCGGACUCAGAAUGUCGACAUUGGUGGCAGAAAUGAGUUUAAACGGCGGAGAACAGGUAAAGAAAUCUUCGAACCCUUCUGGUGUUGUUGAAUCUGAAAAUUCGAUUCCCAAGAAUUUGAGCAAUGGGAAUUCUGUUAAUGGCCAGAAUGGUUUGCAUUCGAAUCCAUUUAAGAUUUUUAUUGGGUAUGAUCCGCGUGAGGAUGUUGCAUAUGAAGUUUGUAAGCACUCAUUGUUGAAAAGAUCUUCCAUCCCUCUUGAGAUCACGCCUAUUAAGCAAUCUGAAUUGAGGGAGAAGGGUGUUUACUGGCGGGAAAGGGGGAAGUUGGAGAGUACCGAGUUUUCGUUUUCGAGGUUUUUGACUCCGCAUUUAGCUGGUUAUGAGGGUUGGGCCAUGUUUGUGGAUUGUGAUUUUCUGUAUCUUGGUGAUUUUAAGGAGUUAACUGAUUUGAUUGAUGAUAGAUUUGCAAUUAUGUGUGUGCAACAUGAUUACACCCCCAAGGAAAAGACUAAAAUGGAUGGAGCUGUGCAGACUGUUUAUCCGAGGAAGAAUUGGUCUUCAAUGGUUUUGUACAAUUGUGGGCAUCCCAAAAAUAAAGUGUUAACUCCUGAGUUGGUGAAUUCUGAGUCUGGAGCGUUUUUACAUAGGUUUCAGUGGUUGGAUGAUGAUGAAAUCGGGGAGAUUCCGUUUGUUUGGAAUUUCCUUGUGGGACACAAUAAGGUUGUUGAGGAAGAUCCUACCACAUUCCCUAAGGCCAUACAUUAUACACUAGGAGGACCAUGGUUUGAGGCAUGGAAGGAUUGUGAGUUUGGAGACUUAUGGUUGAAGGAGCUUGAAGACUACAAAGAGGCAAAGGAGCAAAAGGCUGAUUAACUGAUAUUCAUUCCCACCCCAGGAGUUUGUUUUUUAAUUAAUUUAUACGCAAAUUUGUGGUUCCAGAAAUUCAUUGCAUUCAUUUGAUGCAUCUAUUACUGUUGUAUGUUAAUGGAAUUCUAUAGAUAGUUGAGGAACGGAGUGGAGCUGUAGUGUAUUCUAGUUUUAUUCAAUGCAGGCGUAUGCAUUUGUCUUGUCACUCUCGCCCAAAUGGAUUCAGUGGUCUAAUGAGUUGUAGCUGGGGUAUUAACAAUAUUAGUUCUUGGUUUGCUCAGAGAGAAUAGAUACAUGUCUUUGUUCACCCAUUCGCUUAUCAAUAGCAUUGUGGGAUGAAUAUAGCUUAGGACAAUCACUACUGCAGCACCAUCAUAGCUUUUUUUGAUGGAGUUUGGUUGAUGAUCAUCCCCUAAGUGUGUUACUAUGGAAUAUAUGGCUUUACAGUUCUGAUGGAAUAUGUGCAGGAAGUGUAGUGCAGCCACAGUCUCCGGUCAUAUUUGUUUGCAAAAGAUUGGUUUACUGGAGCAAAAUAGAAAUCAAGUUGGAGGUCAAAGUUUACAGUGCAGAAGUGUCUUGUAGAAAAGUCAUGAUACAUUUACAGUUAUUUCAUUGUACUUAUUUUACAAUUGCUCUUUAUACCAUUAUGAGCAGCAGUGAAAAGUUAUAGCAAGAUUCAAUUUGAUUAUUUUUGUUCUUUGGAUGACACUGUUCUCUGUUAUUGUGAGUGAAAUAAAUUUGUCCAGUAAUUCUUUCAGACUUUAGGACAUUAUUCGUCUGGAGUUUUCCGUUUGCAUAUCCUCUUUGAAAUACUCACAUUAGGUGUAAAGUUCUUCCGAGAGAGGUUAUCAGCCGAUCUCAGAGAUAGCAUACAGAAACAUACGUUGAAUAAAACUUCAGUUUGGUGAACGGAAUUUCGUCAUAGCAGAAACAACAUUCAUUUUGCUGCUCUCUGCACAAGACGUUAGUGGUAGAGAUACAAUGGCAUCUGCCAUUUCGGAGGACGCUCUUCGCUUCAAUUGUCCUGAUUGUCUCUACUAAUUUCAUCUUCAGAUGCAUACUACUCAAACUUAGUUUACUUUGUGCCAAUAGGAAUGCAAUCAAUGACAUGCUACCUUUUAGUUUGGCAGAAGGGUAGCUAAGAACACUAGACAUGCAAAAAAAUGACACA